UGCCCGCGCUGUUUUUCACUUUCUUUCUCUCUCUCUUUAUCUCUGUCUCCUCGCUAUUUCUCUCAGUUCUACUUCCUUUCUCUUUCGUUCUUAACCGCGAUCAACGCCGGUACAACACUCGUCGCGGUGUUAUUUCUUUCGAUCCGUGUCUAAGAAAAAAAAAAAGAAAAAAAGAAAAAGAAAAAAAAGAAAGAGAAAAAGGAUUGUGCAUCGAGUUUUCGUGUGCAAACGGAACGGUGGAUAAUCGUGAGACAGAGCGUGUCAAGUGCGAGGAAACCAGGGUUUACGUACCCUGAGAAGAAAGGAAGGAAGAAAGGAAGGAAGGAAGGAAGGAAGGAAGGAAGGAAGGAAGGAAGAAAAGGUGGUGUAGCCAAGGACGUUUGUGUUUGAGUUUCGCGUGACCAACGAAAGAGAGGGAGAUUACUGGCGCGUUUCGAACACGCGUGGUUCCGCGUGUUACGGGACUCGGCGAUACGUUUUCCGGCAACAACCCGUUGAAUCCGUGAUUUCGCCAGUAAGAAGAUCUAUUUUGAGGAAGAGUGCACGGCGUGCCGAUGCCGAAAGGAUUCGUCGACAGGAUCGACUGGAACAAUUUUACGAGAAUUUCGAAGAACACCACGACGUUGACAGUGACAACGAUGUCACCGUUUGGGACGGAGGAGCGAUAAAUUUUGGAAGGAACGCGGGAAAAAUAUAACAGGAUUCUGCAUGCGAGAAGUGUUCGAGCUCCUCGGUGGAGUGCUGACCUCCGAAGACGUAUUCCGGAAGGAUUCGUCUAGCCCUACGACAACGCAGACAGGUCGGUGAUGCACGUGUGUCAUCCACUUGUUUUCAUUGUGUUGUGGGUGAGUUAUGUGUGUGCGGCUUUCGAUUCACGGAUCACGUUAUAGACCAGUAGUACCUGUUCUCUCGCUCUCUCUCUCUCUCUUUCUCUCUCUCUCUCUCUUGUCCUGUCGAUUGUCGUUUUCAUCCACGCAGAUAAUGAUACAGUCGAGGAAUUCCACGUUGGCUGAUAAAUUCACCGCGCUUACGAGCCGUGCUUACGAGAAUUAUCGACUGUGAAUUAUCCCCUUUCACUCUCAUACCCCGUCGCUCAUCAUCGUUUUACAUACAUCGUUCACUUUACACACGCUUCUCGCGUACGCUUUUGCUUCACGACUGUUGCUCCGACUGUUGCGUCCAAAUCGUCGAGAGAGGCGUAAAUCGUAAGCAUUCAGAAGAAAUCUAUCUUUCUUACGAGAUUAUCGCGCCCAAUGGAAUAAGAAUAACACGCUUCGAUCAUCCAUCGUCAUCGAUGUGAUAUCAUCGGGAUCAUCAUCUGCUCGAUUCUCCGCGCUCGAUCCCCGCCCGAGUAUUUUCGAGGAGGCGCGGGAUCAGCUGUUGUCGCGUCGAAACCACGUGUAACUUUUCCAACUCGCUUUUCCACGUUCAACCACGUUCCGAUCGUGUACGUGCGCGCUUGCGCAAGCCGUGUAUACAGAAACGAGAGGAUCCGAAGUGACGAGGAAGGAAGAAAAAAAGGAAGGAAGGAAGGAAGGAAGGAGGAGGCAAAGAGAAGUAAAAAAAAAAAAAAGAAAAUAAAGAAAAGUGCGAGAGAUCGUUCGCGAUAGGAUGAUUGCGGUCGUCGAGAUGAUCGAUCGUCGUCCGCGCGGCGGGAACGUUUGAAAAGGGAGAAAGAAAAGAAGAGGGAGAGGGACACAAGAUCGAGGGACGGGAUCCCCGGUGUAUCCGACUGGAUUUGGUGAAUGAAACGGGUAAAAACGAGGCGCCAUAGUGCUGCUGAUCGUACGUGCGAUGCGUACCGUGGAGGAUACAGCCACGGAAGCAGCCGCAGUUGGUGCUGCGACCACUCACCAGCGUGCUACCACCGGCAGGCAUCUGGUCGUCGAUCAAAAUCACGAUCGCGAUCACGAUCAACGAGAUCGAUCGACGACGAUCCAUCUACCCACUACACCGUACCACCCGGUCACCAUUGCGGCGGACACCAACAACAAUCAUGACCAUCAUCGCAACUUCGAGCAUCACGCGGCGCAACGCCACGAUCACUGGAACAAGUGGCAACUUCAUUCGCCGAACGGCGACAGCGAUAACAGCAACGGUAGCCAACGUGCGGUGGCUAUUACGCGGAACGACGUAGAGCAACAGCAACAGCCACAUCGACAGCGGCAUCAACGGCAGCAAGCGACAGCUACCGUUCCAGUUCUCGCCUGCACGAAUCAAUCUUCUACAACCCCGACGACAACCGCGUUCACGGUGGCGUCAAGUAUGCUUCUUCUACAGACACAGAGCCCCUUCGGAUGCAGUACCCUGGCGGAUUUGUUGAGCGCUUCGUACACGGAUCCAACGGAUGCUGGAAGCCUACCCGAGGAGUUGGACCCGUUUCCAGAACUGCAGCUGGGCAAUCCGCAGGGAGUGCCGACGGGCGACGAGUCGGCCCAGGCCCAGCAACAUCAUCAGCAGGCACCUCAGCCGCCUCAGCCGACAGCGCCACUUCCCGAGGACGUCCAGCCUGACUCGCUCAGUUCAACGCCCUUGCCGAGCUUCCAAGAGACUUACACGGCUCAACGAUACACCAGGCAGGAGCUUCAGGUUCUCGGUAUCAAAAUGGACGAGGGGGAGUGUUACGACAACUCGGUGUAUUCGUGCGCAACCGGCCCCUAUCCAACCGAGUUCUCGCCCACGUUGCCCUACCACGAGCAACAGCCCCAGCAACAGCAUCACCAUCAUCCCCAGCAGCAGCAGCCCGCGCCGCCCCCGCCGCAGCAGCAUCACCCCAUGGUGUACGGUCCGCCGCCGAGCAUCGCGGGUGGUGCCACCCCCGUUGCACCGACAGACAUUUACCCCACCGUCGACAACGUGGUCGUAGGGACGACUCGUUCACGGAGGGCGUCUCUACCCACACAGAGGUCAGAGUCUGCGAGUAGUGGGAGCACGGAAUCCCCGAAGGCGCGCGGUGGUAGCGGUGGCACAGGGAGCUCCGUCAGCUCUCCAUCGCCUGGAAGUGGAACCAGCAACGAGCGAGCACCGCCGAGCCCCAGCCAACUUUGCGCCGUGUGCGGCGACACGGCAGCGUGUCAACACUACGGCGUUCGUACCUGCGAGGGGUGCAAAGGAUUUUUCAAGAGGACCGUGCAAAAGGGCUCGAAAUACGUGUGUUUGGCCGAGAAAGCUUGCCCCGUUGACAAACGCCGGCGGAAUCGUUGCCAAUUUUGUCGCUUCCAGAAGUGCUUGAUGGUCGGAAUGGUGAAAGAAGUGGUCAGGACGGAUUCCUUGAAAGGUCGGCGAGGUAGAUUACCAUCGAAGCCAAAAUCCCCUCAAGAAUCACCACCGAGCUCGCCGGUCUCCCUGAUCACAGCUUUGGUCCGCGCACACUUGGACACGACACCCGAUCAAGCAACCUUGGAUUACUCGCAAUACCGGCAACCCAGUCCUGGCGAUCCACCCAUCACAGAGGCAGAAAAGACGCAACAAUUCUACAAUCUUCUUACCACGUCCAUCGACGUGAUUCGAACGUUUGCCGAUAAAAUUCCCGGCUUCACGGACUUGGUGCGAGAAGAUCAGGAGUUACUUUUCCAGUCGGCCAGUCUGGAACUGUUCGUUCUUCGAUUGGCGUACCGUACGAAACCGGAGGACACCAAGCUGACGUUUUGCAAUGGCGUGGUCCUGGCAUUGGAACAGUGUCAGCGUAGCUUCGGCGAUUGGCUCCACAGUAUUCUCGAAUUCAGCAAAGCUCUUCACAUUCUCGACGUAGACGCUAGUGCUUUCGCUUGCCUCUGCGCCCUUACCCUCAUUACUGCAAGGUACGGCCUGAAGGAGCCUCAUCGCAUGGAGCAGCUACAGUCGAAAAUAAUAUCGUCUCUUCGCGAUCACGUCACCUAUAACGCCGAGGCGCAGAGGAAAGCGCACUACCUGUCCCGUUUGUUAGGUAAACUACCGGAACUGAGGAGUCUGUCUGUGCAGGGGCUCCAGCGUAUCUUUUACCUAAAACUGGAGGAUCUGGUUCCAGCGCCACCCAUGAUCGAGACGAUGUUCGUCGGUAGUCUACCGUUUUAAUCGCCUUUCAAUCGAGCCAAGCCUAAGGCUGCGUAUUCGUCGCGUAGAACAAUUCAUCCUUGAGAUCUUGUGCGGUUGCGUUACUACUCGAUUAAGUUUCCUUAAGUUUUCUUACACGUGUACGUAGGUUCUACCAUCUUCUUGCGUGUAACCCUUGUAUGGUUUUCGCACGAGUGUCGACGCGCGAAUCGUCACCUUAAGAGGGGUA